AUCAAUCCGCACGCUUCAUGUUUCACGAGCCGGCAGUUUAUUUAUACCUCAGACGAAACGUGCGCGCCUCUCGCUGCUGCCUCGGAACUCUUACUCGUGAACUAAUUAAUUUUGUGAUUAAAAUUCAAUACUAGACAGAACAAUAUUUGAUUUUAAAAUUGUUGAAAAAGACGUCUUCAUUAAGUUAAAUCUUAGUUUUCACUUUUCGUCCAGACAAAACAUAUGGUUCAUCAAACUGCAGAUAUGACAGAACAGGAGCCUUGCGAAGUGUGCUCAUCCCCGACAGUGCACAAGUGCUCGAGCUGCCAAGCUGUCCACUACUGCUCGCGGAACCAUCAGAAGCAGCACUGGAAGCUGCACAAGCAGUACUGCGUGCCUGUCAGAGUCAAGGAAGAUGCUAAAUACGGACGGUAUCUAGAAGCUAUACGGAGUGUGAAGACUGGUGAAGUUAUUAUGAAAGAGGCGCCUCUUAUUACUGGACCUUCACAGAUGACCCCACCAGUGUGUCUGGGCUGCUACAAGCUGCUGGAGGCGAACAAGACUGUGUCCUGUGAGAAGUGCGGCUGGCCGUUCUGUUCCGACGCAUGCACGAGGAACGUGGUGCAUGCUCCGGAGUGCUAUUACACGCAGCAACGGGGUGAAAAGGUGAACAUCACAAACUUCGGCACACCGCAUCCGAACUACCAAAGCAUCACCGUCCUACGCUGCUUGUACCAGAGGGACAACAACCAGAAGCUGUGGGCAAAGCUGCAGGCCCUCGAGACGCACAACGAUGACCGCAGAGGAACUGAGAAAUGGAACUACGACAGAAAAAUGAUUGCGGAAUUUAUUUGGAAGUUCUUCAAGCUUGAGGGGAAAUUUAACGAAGAGGAAAUUAUGACGUGCUGCGGAAUUAUUCAGAUAAACGCCCACGAGGUGCCGCUCAUCGAGCCGGACUACGUGGCGGUGUACGACAAGGUGUCCAUGGUGGAGCACAGCUGCCGCGCCAACUGCAACAAGAGCUUUGCUUCCGACGGACAAAUUAUUCUAAGUGCGGGGGUCAACAUACCGAGCGGGUCGCACAUAUCGGUGUGCUACACGGACCCUCUGUGGGGCACGGAGGCGCGCCGCCACCAUCUCUCCGACACCAAGUUCUUCGAGUGCUCCUGCGAGAGAUGUUCCGACGUGACGGAACUCGGGACCAUGUUUAGUGCUGUGAAGUGUAAGAAAAAAGAUUGCAAAGGCUACCUCUUGCCUGACACAUUUAUCGUCCCAAUUCUACAUAAAACCAAAUCCCCAGACCCCAAAACCCGAGGUUUGGACGACAAGUUCUGGAAGUGCGGCAGCUGCAAGGAUGAAGUGUCGGAUGGGAUCAUCCAGCAAUUGCUGCAGGACAUUGGUAGGGAGCUGAGUGUAAUGCCCAAAGGUGAACCGGAUGCCUGCGAAAGAUUCAUUGGGCACUGCAGCAGCUACCUGCACCCCUCGCACUACUACAUGACCGACGUGAGCCUGGCGCUGGCGCAGAUGGUCGGCCAGCAGUGCGAGAUGGGCCUCGCGGGGGUGACCGAGGACCGCCUCUUGCUGAAGACUCAGCUGUGUAGGAAGAUUGCGGACCUUUUGGAAACACUGGCACCAGCGGAAGCUCGUUUGAGGGGCUCGCUGCUGUUCGAGCUGCACGCUGCGGUGGCGGAGACGGGCCGCAGGAGGUCCCUCACCGACGGACCGGGGGUCAUGCUGGGAUACAUCACGGAGUCCCGCAAGAUCCUGCUGGAGUCAGCAGCGCUGCUGGUGCACGAGCCAGCCGAGCUACCGGAAGGGCGGCUGGGGCGACAGGCGCGGAUCAACCUGUUGCACAUGGAUGAGCUCAUACAGAACCUAUCCGCCGCGCUGCCGGCGCCGCUGUGAUCUAUGAAAUAUAAUAGAUUAUAUAUAGAUUGACUGAUACAA